CCGUCCGAGUACCAGCAGCGGCUCGGCUGCGCACGCCUGCCUUCGCCUCUUCGCUCCCGUCGCCCGAAGGAAAAAUGGGAUCCGUUGCCGUUGAACCACAAAUGAGCGUGGUGACCAGGGUGGCCAACCUCCCCUUGGUGAGCUCCACAUUCGACCUGGUGUCCUCGGCCUACGUCAACACAAAGGAUCAGCACCCCUACCUGAAGUCCGUGUGCGAGAUUGCUGAGAAGGGCGUGAAGACCAUCACCUGCGCGGCCACGGCCAGUGCCCUGCCCAUCAUCCAGAAGCUAGAGCCUCAACUUGCAGUUGCUAAUACCUAUGCCUGCAAAGAGCUGGACAGGAUUGAGGAGAAGCUGCCGAUUCUGAACCAGCCAACAAACCAGGUCGUUGCCAACGCCAAAGGUGCCGUGACUGGGGCCAAGGAUGCCGUGGCGACUGCUGUGAGCGGGGCCAAGGAUUCCGUGGCCAGCACGAUCACUGGGGUUGUGGACAAGACCAAAGGAGCAGUGACGGGCAGUGUGGAGAUGACCAAGUCUGUGGUCAGUAGCAGCAUUCACACAGUCUUGGACAGUCGGAUGAUGCAGCUGGUGAACAGCGGCGUUGAGAGCGCCCUCACUCAAUCAGAGCUGUUGGUCGACCAGUAUCUCCCUCUCACCGAGGCGGAACUAGAGGAACAGAUGAAAAGGCUGGAAGGAUUUGAGAUCGUUCAGAAGCCGAGUUACUACGUUAGACUGGGCUCUCUCUCUAGCAAGCUCCGUGCCCGUGCCUAUCAGCAGGCUCUCGGCAGGGUGAGGGAAGCUAAGCAGAAGAGCCAGGACACCAUCUCUCAGCUCCAUUCCACCGUCAACCUGAUUGGGUUUGCCAGGAUGAACGUGCAGGGUGCCAAUCAGAGGCUUCAGGAUGCCCAGGAGAAGCUGCACACCUCCUGGGUGGAGUGGAAGAGAAGCAUCGGCCAUGACGAUACAGACGAGUCCCACUGUGCAGAGCACAUCGAGUCGCGCACACUCACCAUUGCCCGGAACCUGACUCAGCAGCUGCAGACCAGCUGCCUCACCCUCCUGGCCAGCGUCCAAGGCCUGCCGCAGAACGUUCAGGAUCAAGCCCACCACCUGGGGGUCAUGGCAGGUGACAUCUACUCGGUGUUCCGCAAUGCUGCCUCCUUUAAGGAGGUGUCCAGCGGCCUUCUCACCUCCAGCAAGGGGCAGCUGCAGAAAAUGAGGGCCUCUCUAGAUGAGGUCAUGGAUUAUCUUGUUAACAACACGCCACUCAACUGGCUGGUAGGUCCCUUUUAUCCUCAGAUGGUUGAGUCUCGGAAUGCCCAGCCCCAAGAUGCAGAGCAGGACAAGACCUGCCAGGAGACCCAGCAACCUGCGUACAAAGCACAGUAAACUUGCCCCCCCCCUAGCUCCCCAUCACUCCAGCCAGUCCGAUGAUGCCUUCUGUUAUGUUUAGAUAAAUAUUUAAACAUAAAUGUGCUAGGCACAUCUAACCUCGGGGAGUAGGUAGUUAGGGAAAGGAUCUUUGAUUAUGGUUACUUCCAUAGGAGAAAGGGCUUUCAAGUUUCUUGAAUCAGCUGACCUCUCUGGAAGGAAACUGGAGAGGCUUGUCAGACCCUAGGCAGAAUUCACCAAAAGCUCAAGUGUGCUUUUCUCACUGUGUGGCCCUGUGCUGCCACGGUCGCGCUCUGCCUGUACCGAAUAAACACCACCCUCAUGUGACUGCAGUGAGUUGAUGUCUGCUCUGGUUUUGUCUGAGCAGGCCUCGUCCCCGGUUUGUUCCACGGUGCCUGCUUGUCCCGCCUGGCUUUAUUUUAUUUUAUUUUUUAAUUCCCCAGAAAGGAAUUUCACCUUUGAAUGAAUAAAAUUCACCCAAGAGUGGA